GGAGGCACGCGCAACUGACACACAUCCUCCAUCGUAUUCUCGUAAAAUCAACCUUUUUCUCAACCAUACAAGUGAUUGUAGGAGGUCUUUAUUUGGGUGUACGCCGUCGAAUCGAGUGUGGUUUAUGUGGUCCGUAUCGGAGGCAGCACAUUUGAAAAUGAGCGGGAAAUAACCAAUGGCUGUCACUUUGUCACUAGCCGAUCGCCUGAGCAGUGCCUCUGCCAAUGGAAAUUUACCAGAGGUUUUAUUGUUGCUGCAAAGUGGAGCUUCUGUCAAUGGAAGGAAUAUUUUCAAAAGGACUGCAUUACAGGUAGUCAAAUUGAGCAGCACCGCGGUAGUCGAGGCCCUCCUGGAUGCCGAGGCUGACCCCAACCUCCGCGACCCGGUCCUCGGCCUCACGGUCACCCACGAUGCCGCCCGCGAAGGCUUCGCAGACACCGUCCGGGCGCUGCUGGCUCACGGAGCGGACGUGAACCUCGCGGACGAGCGUGGGAACCUCCCGCUGCAUUUGGCCGCCAAGUGGGGCCGCGUUGAGGCGGUCCGGGUUCUCGUGGGAGCCACCGCGGACCCCCUGAAGGCAAAUGUUGAUGGGCACACCGCGGAGCAAUUGGCGCUUCUCAGCGGUUACGAUGACACGGCCGCCUGCAUCCGCAGCUACCUUCGCUAAGCCUAGGAGACUUGAUGAAGAUCUGGCUUGGAUGCGCGCUUCUAUUCUGCUUGUUUUUGCUCAACUGACACGAAAACAUUUGCAAUGUUGUUAAAAUUCCCAUCAAGUUGUUUUGAUAAAGGUAAGAAUAAAAAUGACAGUGUUAAACAAUGUCAUUGUUUCAAAUGGUUUUAUUUUGAUUGUGCCGUUACAAUUACAGAGGAACGUCCACAGUUGGUUGACUUGCAAGUUGUUCGAUUUUUAAACAGUUUUCCCCCCGCUCAGUCAUGUCAUUAAGCUGGUUUGCACUCACGCGGUGUAAGAAGACGCGCUUAAAUAUGCCACCGUACUUAAUGUUUCUCAUUUUAUGCGACGCUUCUGUGGUGGCAUGACACAACCAACCCACCGACACACAAGACAAAGCAAAAGAC